CAAAAAUAAAUCCUCUUGCAUGUUGAUCGAUGUUUUUAGCCCAUGAAUUUCUUCAUGUAGGCUAUAAUGAAACACAAACAAUAGAUAACAGUGAGUUUGAUUUUGUUUUCUUUGAGCUGUUUACUGUGUCGCUGUGCGACGCUAAUCAAUUCAAGUGCAGUGAAAAAAAUAUUUGCUGCCUUCUUAAAAUACAAAAUGCAAUUUUCAAAAAGAUCUUUUCAUUUAUUAAUGGAAAAAAUAAAUCCAAACCUAUGUAAAAUAGUAUUUUCCUCCAAAAACUUGUAAUUGGUUAUGUCACCCUUGAUGGCGACAGCUCCCAUCAAGUCUUUGUAAUAACUGGAAAUGAGUUUUUUACAUGGCUGUGGAGGAAUUUGGACCCACUGUUCCUUGCAGGACUGCUUUAAGUUUGUCACACCGGAGAGUUUUUGAACAUAAAUUUAAAGUCAUGCCAUGGCUUUGUGAUCAAACUUAAGCCUAGACUCUGACCAGGCCAAUCAGAAACCUUCAUUUUGUUGUUUUUGUCGAGGCAUCAGAUAACAACCUUAUUAUCGGACUUAUUAUUUUUUUCCUAUAGCACAUACUUAAAGGUUCAAGUUUUCCAAAACCCAGAGCCCCAGAUUAUCACACUCUCACCACCAUGUUUGCAAUAAUUUUACACCAGAUAAAGUGGAGAUUCAGAUAAUAUGAUCUUUCAACUUUUUGCAUGACAUAUUGUUUAUAUACACAUAUACAUUGUAGAAACUUUAGGAGGGAUGGAUCAAUAUGAUUUCUAUUUUAUAUGUUGUAGAGUCACAGAUGGUGAAUAUGGAAGCAUUUCUCCUGGGGGCUUGUUUGGGAUCACUUCUUUGAAAUUAUUUGUUUGUCCUGGAACAAACAGAACCCAGAAAACAAAUCUUGCAGACUCUGUUUUCCGUGGGGACAUCUCCUUGUGUGUUUUGUCAAAAGGAUCCAAGAUAAACUCCUGAGGAGGUCUCCACUAGAGGGGUCACCAGCAGUAGACGUGAGGCCCCAAACGGCUUCAGGGUUAGAGGUUAAACGAAACCUCAUUACGACACCCCCCACCUGGAUCAACUUCCUGACUUUGUUCGUCAUUCACCCCAUGCAACGUCAGUGAUCAACGCAUGAACUCAAAGUUGUGAAACAACUGGAACUUGGAGCAGAGCCCCUUUCGCUGUUCCUCAUCCUGUGCCUUACUAUUUUUUUCUUUCUCCAACUGUCCCCCCACCCCUUUCCCCUGCCAACACUCCCGAAUGUGGGCUCCUCCUCUGCUGAAAAGACACAUUUCCUGAUGUCAUUACUAAAUCAAAAUGCUGCUCCUCAGCAAACAGAUGUUACAUGGGGUUGAACAUAUAGUUUCUAUAACAUUAAUUUAAGUUGUGAAAUGUAAACUGUAGAUUUAUAUAUGUAUUUCUUUUUGUGUUUGAUCCUCCCUCACUCAGCUUUUUAAAGCUCCAGUGAGGAACUACCCAGCAGAUUUGCAAAAAUCAUGAGCUCUUUAUGAGAAAAAAACAAAAACAAAACAUAAUUACAUCUGAUGUGGACAUGUUAUGUAUUCCUUGCCAGCAUAGAUAUAUAAUGGUCUUUUGAGUCUCAUGGCUGCUCCAGAAUAAUAACUUAUUCCAUCUUUUGUUUAAUUAACCUAAAUAUGAAAUUGUGGAUGUCUGCACAGCACACCCUGCAGAGUCAUGAUUAAAUCCACCCCAAAACACUAAGCCCUAAAUGUUUACUUAUGUUUCCUAUUUGGCAGAGGCAGCCCAAAAGGCAAAUAAAUCACAUGCUGUGAGCUGGCCAGGCCUUUUCGACUGUGAGAAACUGAGACUAAAAAGCAGAACAAGAGUUAAAGAGUAAAGGGUUUUCAGAUGUGAGUCCAGCCCCAGCUUGGGUGUGCUCUUUUUAUUUGGGAGAAUAGAGAGGACAAUCUUUUCUGCCUCCACCCCUUUAAAAAAAAGGAAGAAAAACUAAAAAAAAAAAAAAAAAAGUGUGUUGAAGAGGCAAAGAGCUGCUGCCAAGGCGCAGGGCCAUCAGACAGAUCUUCGAAGAACAUCUGCUAUCCGUGGGUAACAUUGUUUGGACAUCUGGUAACCGAAGAUAACCCUGUUGCGUUUCCUGUUAUGCCUCGCUAUACACAUUCUGGAAGCUUCAUCAUUUGGGGAAAAGACACCUUUAUUCUUUUUUUUCUGACAUGAAGGGAGCUGUUGGUUUCAUUGGGGUAUUCCUCUCCUUUCUCUCUGAGAUCUCAGGACACCAACUGCAAUUUCCUUGUGUGGAUGAUCCCUAUUGCCACAGUGUGUGUAAGAUCUGCGAGGAUCACUAUGGUGAACCAUCAAUGGAGUGUCUUUCUUUUUUAUUUGAUGACUAUCUGAAUUAUUUCAAUAAGCAAAUGAGCUCACUAAACUCAACUGACUGGUGCGUCUGGGAUAAAGUGAGCAGCUUCUACAGCAACUUUAGCACAUACACCGAGAACAUAUCUGACUGUCUGGGGAUCCCAUGGCCGAACUCACUGGUGGAAAAGCUCUUUGUCAACAUCCACGCUGCGUAUUUCAAAGCAUGCCCCACAGAGGAGUUUAGUGACCCACCUCCAGGAAUCGUGUUUGCCCUGGUGAUCACUCCCAUCUGCCUGAUCCCAGUUAUGGUCAGCCUGGUGGUGAUCAAGACGAAAAAUGGGGAUGGCACAUCCUGAUUGGAACACUAAAUAUGACCUCUGGUGUUCAUUUUUCUGCUUUACCAUGCUUAGACUGCUACUGUUCCUUCAAUUCUCCAAAAAUCCUGCAGAGGUCUCAGUGACUCAGGACUUAAAGGAGUAAAUGCUUUGCUGCUUCGAAUGAUGUCUGUUGAAUGACAAGUGUCUUCUUUGUUAAUGAAAUGAUCAAUGUACUGUGGAAUAACAGUUUCCUGUUUACUGUAUUUACACUUUAUAGGGAUGGUUCAGUUUUUUUGAAAGUGGGGUUCUUUAGAGUUGCCAUCAGCUGUCAGCACCUUACCUCAGGUGGACAAUGCUUAGAGCACUUCUUACAGAUCCAGAAAGAGAAAAGUGGAGUCCAUCAUUCUGAAUCAGUUUAAAAAAAAGUUUCACAGCGACUCAAAAAAGUUACUUAGGUGGUUAUUUAACAUGAACGCCCAUGGCCAUUUAUGAUGAAAACUGUAUUGAUUGAUGAUCCAUAUCAGUAACAUUGUGACAUUCUUAGCAGAAGAAAGAUUUAACCGAUCAGUGAGAUCUGAUUUGAUGCUAAUGGAAUAGGAUGUAAAGCCAUAAGGCUGCAUUUUCUCAAACUACUGACCAUGAAGGUCAAAUAAAAUAAUGCAAGAGAAAAAAAAAGGAAUUCCAGUGAGCUACUUUUUUCAUUAUAAGAUUGUUUCAGGAUGAAAAAUAUAUAUUUUCAUGCUAGUUCCACUUGGCCUGCAUGUUAGCAAGACUCAUAACUUUUUUCCUUUUCUUAAACUGAAGGGACGCUUUGAUCUCUACUUUGUCAAAACACUGACAGCUGAUAGUUACUCUGCAGAAUCCCACCUCAACGUCCCAAACUUUCAGUUUAAGAAAAAGGCUGUGAAAAAGUGUUAUUUUUAAACCGACCUAGUCACAAUGUUGCGUUCUGUUUGUAUUUGAAUGUUGGAUUUUCUGAUUUUCCGUACAUAAAUACAACAGAAAUCUGUAUAAAGUCAGAAUUUUGACUUGGAAAGUUGGAGGUGUUUGAUGAGUCCUGGGUUCAACAGACAUGGCUAUAGCACAUAUAUUUAAUUUUGCAGAUGUAAACCCAGUUUUAAAAUUUUUUUUAAUUACCACAAUUCUUUUUGUUGUGACAUAGUGCUGGACAACAUUUUGUGGUGGACAUGUUCAUGUUUCAAUGCAGAACAUGGAGAGGAAUGCAUCAUUAUUCAAUCAUAUUACUGUUACUGGUUAGCGCUACUAUUGGAAAAAUCCCAGGGGUUUUCCAAAUUGCGUCUGGAACACGAUUACUCCUGAUGGGACAGUAUUAUCAGCUCCAGCCUCCAAAGCAAAUAGGAUGCAGCAUUAAGUAUUGACUCAACCAUUAUCAGCACAAUAUUCUGGAAUUAAACCUUAAUAUAAACCAAAAAACAUAUAUUUAGUGUUGUUAGUGAUGACAAAAAGCUUCAGAGCUUGCCGUUGUAAAAGUAAAAUAACAUUUUCAGUGACAGUCCAGGAAUUAGCUUCGACUGUUCAGAAAAUUAUAAAUUAGCAACAUAAUUUUUUGGUGCUCAAACUGAACUCGGAUCAACGUCAAGUUUGAUCUAUGUUUGAUCUGUGUCAAUAUGACAUGGAAAUUAAGAAUUGUUGAAUGUAUUCGUCUUAAGGGGGUUCAAAGGUUAAAGCAACUGGAGCCCAAUUAAAAGGGAGUGACCACUGCAGUAGAGCUCCCCAUGCUGUUUUUCUUUCAGCARCAAGGAUUCUGCCUUYUAUGUAAUAUUAGCAACUCAUAAGUAAAUAAUUGAUMGUUUAACYUGACCCGGACAAAAGACAUUUAUCUGUCUGUGCAGACUAGUUAUAUACACUGAGUGAUGACAAGAAGAUCAAUCUAAGUUUCUUUGCUUGUAACAUGAUAGCGUUGAYAUGUGUUCAGUUGUGGAUGACAGUAAAGCCACAGUAAGUGYUUUCAGAUUUGGAACAAAACGUGUAUUCAAAUGCUUUCCUUUAAMUUUGUUGUUGUCGAGAACAAACGGAUGUAGUCCGCGACUUCGAGGAAUACGUCCAGUCUGUUCUCACACCGUGUACUGCGCACAUAUCUGUAUACUUUUUUUUUGUUUUGUAAAGUAUUAAAUCUAAAUGGAUAUUUUACCGUCCAAAUAAACUGAUCAUAAAAAUA